ACUUGAGCAGAGGGGGCAAUCGGGAUAUUUUGUGUCCCAGAGGUCUUUUACGUCAGUUCGGUUUAUGGAUUUUUUAUGGUCAUUUUAAGACACCGACCCAAAAUAAUAUCCGGAAAAGUUUCCUUUGCCCCCAUUUCCCUCUUCAAACCAGCCCUGCCCCUUCCUUGCGUUUGGAAUUAUCCUGUUUUGUUAUUGGUCCUUUUCGCUUUCAAUCCGACACCUUGUGGCGUCAUCUUGGGGAAAGGGCGGGUUCUCUCCCUCCCACCACUCCCGGACCAUGUCCUCUUCUUUGAUUGGUUAUUUGUGACGCCUGUCCAGAACAUCCUACCCGAACCACCUCUGUCUACUGCAGCCAUGGUUCGGCUGUCUGCAUCUUCUUAUGUAGGCUAUCCACCUGAUAAGCCUUUCCUUAAUUCGGAUAUACGACGCUCUCCACAAAAACCAACGUGUGCCUAUCCAGAAAGCAAUAGCAGAGCCAUAUUUUCUGCACUGAAGAAUCUUCAAGAGAAGAUUCGGCGUUUAGAACUUGAACGGAUUCAAGCAGAAGAAAGUGUGAAAACCUUGUCUAGAGAAACAAGUGAAUACAAGAAAGUGCUGGACGAACAAAUACAAGAAAGGGAGAACUCAAGGAAUGAAGAGUCAAGACACAAUCAAGAACUGACGUCCCAGUUAUUAGCUGCAGAAAGCAAAUGUAAUCUUUUAGAAAAACAAUUGGAAUACAUGAGAGACAUGAUAAAGCAUGCUAAGAAUGAGAGGACAACUGUCUUGGAAAAACAGAAUUCAAUAGAGAGAGACCAGCAGCAGGGUCAAAUGCAUUUUGAGAACCAACUUGAAAAACUGGAUAUUCUUGAGCAGGAAUAUAACAAACUUACUGCCAUGCAGGCUCUUGCAGAGAAAAAAAUGCAGGAACUGGAAUCAAAACUCCGUGAAGAAGAACAGGAAAGAAAACGUAUGCAGGAAAAAGCAGCCCAGUUGCAGACUGGAAUAGAAACAAAUAGACAGUUGUUUGAGGAAAAGAUACCAUCGUAUUCUACCAAUGCAAGAAGAAUGAAGAAAAAGAAAACAAAACAGCCAGACAAGAAAUCCCCUAGGAACCAUUUUCAUGUACAGCCACAUUACAGGUUGUGCUUGGGUGACAUGCCGUUUGUAGCUGGAAAGUCCACUACCCCUAGCCAUGCAGUGGUAGCCAAUGUACAACAUGUUUUACAUUUAAUGAAGCAGCAUAAUAAAGCCUUAUGCAAUAAUCGUGUGGUCAGCAGUGUUCCCCUGGCAAAGCAGGGGUCUCCUCGAAAUGGUAAAGGCAGGAAGUUAUCAGCAUCAUCCUCUUCCUCCUCCACUUGUCAUGAAGAACUAUUUGAAGUCUUACAGACAUUACAGGAUGAAUUUGGACAGAUGAGUUUUGAUCACCAACAACUAGCCAAACUUAUCCAGGAAACACCAACUAAUGAACUGAAAGAGGACCUCGAGCGGGAACUUGAGGAAUUAGUGGAAAGGAUGGAAGCUAAGGCUAAUCAAAUAACUAAAGUUCGAAAACAUCAGGCCCGGCUGGAGAGACAGAUGAAGGAGCUAAAGGGUAGCAAAAAGUGUUUGGAGGAUCAGGAAGGCAACAGCAAGCUCUAUCCUGGGGUCACUGGGAGCUCCCCUAAGAAGGACUCUAUUUCUGUCAAACGGAACCCUGGAGAGAAAAGCCGUCGAAACCUUCAGUUGUUGAAGGACAUGCAAACCAUACAGACUUCGAUUCAAAAAGAUAACUUAGGUUGGGAAUAUUGAUUGGUACUAGGUCAAAUGUUUUAUUCAUAUAAUUUAUAUUUUGUCAUAUGUUGACAAUUCACAUAUUAAAAAUAGCAUAUUCUUAUACUUUUUUGAGGGACUAAUAAUACUUGUGCUGAGGACCACUGUUUUAAAUAGCUCCAGUAAAGGUUGAACAGUUUUACUGGAAACAUAAGAAGCCACAUUUUACUGAAUUCCCUUUGGCAAAUCUUGCUGUACUUGUGCAGUUUUGUAAACAAACUCCCAGGUUUUUAUUUGUGGAUUUUUUUUAAAAAUUGUGUCUUCUAUAGCUGAAUUAAAAUUAAGUUUAAAUUAUCUAAACACAAAACACAAAUGUGUAUGUAGAGUUAUCAGCACUGCUUGAAAAGUCUCAUAAACCUUACCCCAACGUAUUUUUUCCAUCUCCAACCCCCAGAAUUGCUUUAUUUUGCUACUGAUGGAGGCUUUUUGAAUUUUAAAUCCUUUAAAUAUUUUCUUAUCCCAGUUCAUGUUGUAGAAUAGGACUUUACUAAUUAAUGAUUAAAAUCAUUUUUCCCCCUUCUCCACUGGUAUGUUAUCUCAGUAGCUCUUUAGUUUACCAAAAAAAAAAGGCAAAAAUUCAGUUUUUUAAAACCAAAACAAACAAUUUGUUUCUAGCCAGUUUUAAGCGAAAUUAGUGUUGCUUUUCAACCCAUUUUAACAAAACAAAAUUAUUAUUUCCAGAAAACCCAAAAUAAUCAUUUAAGGUAGUAGCCUGUAAAUAGAACAUGAGGUUAGCACAAUAAAAAAAUUAUCUGAGUGUUUUUCAGUGUGAACAAAUUUUGGUGUGAAAAUAGACAAUGAGAGUUAGGAAGAAAGUGAAAAACCAACCUGGGGUGGGGUGGAGGGUGUUAUAAAAGCAUGUACAUUUGCUGUUUUUAAAUAUUGCCUCUUCGUAAUCAUGCCAUUCAAUCCUGGCAGUGUGUUUUUUAUCUUGAAAUAGAUACUGAACACCUUGGAUAGUUACCUUUAUUAGUGUUCUGUACAUAUACAAAAUAAACUGUGCACAGCAACUGUUAUUUAUUAUGUUAAUGAUGUAAAAAAAUUCUUCCUAUUUUGGAAUAUACAAAAACAUGUUAACUUUUUAUAAAUGUGCCAUUAAAAUCAAUAAAGCCAGCUUUGUUUUAA